AUGCAUACAAGUCCUCCGUCAUCAACAUUGCCAAUCAUGAAAAUAUUAUCACCAAAAUCAGGACCACAUAUUUGCCUUGAAUGCUGUUUUAAGUGUAAUAACAUUUUUAGUGUACUUGAAAGUCCUUUACAUAUACAUUGGAUACGAAGUAUUGAUAAAAAAAAUGAAUUUUUAAAAAUUGAGCCCUCAUUAUGUGAUGAUUCAUGCCUUUGUGAUUUAUGCUGGAAAGAUCUUGAAAAAACUUACAAAUCCAUUAAAUCUAAUAAUAGAAAAGAAGAAACAUAUUCAGAAAAAAAGUAUAGAUUGUUAGAACGCUAUACGAAAAAAAAGGUUUCAAAAAAUCAAAAUCAAGCUAGGAGAUGUUCAAUACAUUUAUGCUCUCGAUAUUAUUGUCAGAAAAUGACUGUAAAUGAGUGUGAAAAUAUUAAAAACUUAUUUUUAACAUUUGAGUAUUGUCAUUUAAUUUUUGUUCAAUCUACAAAACAAACUACAGACUUUUUGAAAUUUCCCUUUCGUCUUUGUAAAGUUCAUAGAGAUAUGAUCUUGGUAAUGUUAACAUGUCAAAUCUGUGGUGACAAACUAAAUGCAUCAUUUAACACUGAUGACUGGUCAAUGUACGAAAUAUGGAAUUUAAUAUUGAUUGAAAAUCAUCUUCCUUUAAUACUGAAACCAGGUAUGUUCAUAUGUGUAACUUGUAAAGGACACAUUUCUAAAACAAUUCCUGGUUUCCCAACUAUCGACUUGCCACGUUUACAGAAAUAUAUCCUUAAAAACAAAGUAAUUUGUUUAAAAUUAUAUGGAAAAUCGCAGACGAACUUGUACAAUAUAAUAUGUAAAGGAUCAACAUAUAUAGCAUCUCCCAUUGUUUUUCCCAGUACUAAGAAAGAAAAUGAACGUGUACGUUCGACAAAAGUUAAGUUUUCUGAUCCUUUGAUAACUGCAUAUUAUAAUUAUGAAGAAGAAAUUAAUAAAAAUGAUACAAAAUCAAUAACAAGCACUGCAUUAUCUAAUGUAGCUCAACAAAAUCCGUAUACACCUAAAUUACAAUUAAAAGGUGAAGGAUUUGAUUAUUUUAAACUUGAAAAAUAUUUUAAGACAUAUGAUAAAUCACUUCAAAAUGUAUAUCAAGUUGACAAUGUAGAAAUUGAUGAAAACGAAUCAGAGAUUAUUGGUUCUUGUCAAGGUAUUAGUGAACACAAUGGAAUAGAAAAUAAUCAAAGCAAGAUAAAUUCUCAUCCUAUAAUAAUAUGUAGUGUUGCCCAAGAUAGUAUGAAUCUAAAUGAAGGUAAUCAAUGUAUGAACAAAAUAAAUACAAUUCAUAAACAUGUUUAUUUAAAUGAGACUGACAAUAGUAUGAAUUCAUUUAUUGCAGAAGUAGAACCACCUAAUGCGAUAGUUAACCCUGUUUCGAUAAAAAGAAAACAAAGCAAUCUUAUAUGCCAUACAAUUUCUAAUAAAGAUGUGAAGAAACAAAAACUGAAUGAAAAUAAUAUUUUCUAUGAAAAAAAUUCAACAGAUGAUGAUAGUGCCAAAUCCUACAAGAAUAAAAAUACUGAUCAUUCAUGUAUAAAUCCACAAAGUAGUUCGAAUAUGACUUACAAUUGUAAAAAUAAAUAUAGUUCUAAUUCUGAUACAUCAGAUUCUGGAAAAUUUUCUGAAGUUAGCAGUGAAGAAAUAUUAACAGAUAGUCAAAAAGAAGAUAUGAAAAUGGAUUGUAAAUUUGUAUCUGAUAGUGAAAAAUCCAUAGAUGGUAAAAUUAUAUUGAAUGACCAAAAUAUAUUAGAAAAAUAUACAACUAAUUUAGAUAGUGUGAAAGACUCAAAUUUUGAAAUGGUGCUUGAUGCUAAAUCUGAUUCAGAUAGUGAUGGAAAAUCCAAUAUAAAUAUAUCUGUUACUGAAGAGUUUAAUAAAAAAUUAUCUACCUUCAAAAUUGUAUCCAAUGUUCAAAAAGGAUUAGAUCAUGAAAUAUUAUUGGAUGGUGAUAAAGUCUUUGAAACUGCAUCUUGGAGUGAGAAAGGAACAAUAAAAUAUAAAAUUAUAUAUGAUUAUGAAAUUAAACCUUCGAGUAAUCAGGGAUCCACAUGUAUAAUUAUAUCCGAUAAUGACAAGAAAUUCAAUAAUAAAGUAUUUUCUACCUACAAAAUUAAUGUUCAAAAAGGAUCAGAUAGUCAAAUAUUAUUGGAUGGUGAAAUGGUUAAGAUUCUGUCUGAGAGUGAAAAUAGAAAGGCAAUAUAUGAAAUUGAUCCAUCUCUUAAUGAGAGAUCCAUAUAUAAAACCGCAUCUUGGAGUGAAAAAGGAACAAUAAAAUAUAAAAAUAUAUCUGAUGAUGAAAUUAAACCUUUAGGUAAUCAGGGAUCUACAUGUAUAAUUAUAUUUGAUAAAUCAGAUUGUGAAAUGUUAUUGAAUUGUGAAAAAGUCUAUGAUAUUGAGUCUGAUAGUGAAAAUGUAAAAAAUUUUCAAAAAGGAUCACAUUCUGCAUUAAUGGAUGGUGAAAAAUCCAGUGAAAUGUUGCCUGAAAAUGAGAAUGGAAGAAUAAAAUGUAUGAUUGCAUCUGAGAUUGAAGAGGAAUUGCAUUAUAAAAAGGUUUUAGAUAUUAAAACUACAUCAAACAGUAAAAUGUUAGUAAACAGGGUUUAA